UUCGUUAAAUGCUCGUUGCGGUCGCUUAAUCCGUUGCUAUUCCAAGGUGCUGCAAAGGAUCUCCAGGUUAACUGAUCCAUGGCUCCAACUUGCUCCGCUUGCUGAAAUUCCAAUCGAAGCGCUUGUAAUAUGCAAAACGCUGACAACGAGGCGAGCACAAGCAAAGCGUCCAAAGCAGAGCAGGAGCAACUGCAGCAGGAGCAGCAGCAGGAGCAGCAGGAGAAGGAGGAUCAGCAGGAGGAGGAGGAACAGUUCCCAGCAAAGAUCAAAGCACGUUCGCGCUUCUCGGCCGCCUUUCGCAGUCUGUCCAAGACCAGCAAAAAGCCGAGCAAGAAUUUAGCCAAGCAGAAGCCACGCAGCGCGGAGCAGCUGGCGGAGAAUUUGAGCAGCAACGAGAGCGUACCAAAAGGCGAUCCAAAGAAGCAGAGCCUCACGAGGCGCCUGCUGCUGGGCAGCCUCAGGCCCAAGACCAAAGUGCGACCGCACAGCGAUGAGCUCAGCCUGAGAAGAAGCAGCAGCAGCGGCAGCAGGGAGCGCGGACUGGGAUUGGAGGGAAGUGGAGCCAACACGCUGCAGAUAACCAUCAGCGGCAAGAAAGUCGAGACGCUGGCCAAAGGCAAAGGCAAAAAGAGCACGAGCGCAGUCAGCGAAACGGAUUACCUGAACCCGACACCAGCAGAGACAGCAGCAGCAAUUGGAGCAGCAACUGGAGCAACUGCAGCAGCGAGUGUUGAGAGAACGACAACAACGUUGACCACAAAAGACACGACGAGUCGCACGACUAAGCUAAUUGUAGCCAAGGUAUCCAAAGAGGCAACUGCUCAGCAGCAGCAGAAGAAGAAGCAGCAGCUGAGAGAAGCAACAACGGAGGAGAAAAUCGUUAUCACGGAGAGCAGGCGCGAUACGCCGCCGCGCGAACGAGCGCCCGCAAAGCCGAGCCGGGCGAGCGGCAGCAAUCAUCAGUACGCCAGCAGCAGCGGACCAGAGCGCAUCACUAGCACCAGCCUGAGCAGCCGCAAGGAGCGGGCAUUGAUGCAACAACAGCAGCGCGGACAACGCCUGACACGCAACGGCACAACGGCUGCCAUCGCAACAGCCAAGCAGGCGCUCGAGACGCCGACCAGCCCAGAACCCGAAUCCCUACCCGUGCUGCCUACCACUGCGCCACCUCCGCUGCCAGCGGGGUCACCACCAGCGGUCAGUCUGAGCGACGUGGAGGAGCAAGCGGACGCCGUUUCGCUAGCGGAGAGCGCACAGACCACAUCCAACCAGGACACAGUCGCCCCACCAGUGGUCCGCUUUGCCGUUGGCAGCGCCGUCCGUUCGCCCGUGGACGCGUAUGAGGCUGCCUUGGCCGCCGCCGCCGUCGCCGCCACACAGCAGCCCAGCUCCAGCGAAGAGCCAAGUGAUUCCAGUUUGCGCCGGCUCAGCUUUAAGCAGCAGCAGCCACAAUUUGCGCUCAGCGAUCACGACAGCAUUGAGGGCAGGCGGGAAACGCUGCGCUAUCAGUCGGUGGCCAGUGAGUACUCCAACGAGGACACCCAAUCGGAGCAGGAGCAGGAGCAGGAGGAGGAACUGGAGCAGUCCAAGCCCAUGCCGGCCUUCGGUGAUUUGACCAUGGAUCAGGAAAUGGAACCGACCAUCAUGUCUGCGGCGAGCGGCGAGAAGCGCGAACAUCUGUACAAGAUUCUAGUCAUCGGGGAGCUGGGCACUGGCAAGACGUCCUUCAUCAAGCGCUAUGUCCAUCAGUUCUUCAGCCAGAAUUAUCGCGCCACCAUUGGCGUCGACUUCGCCCUCAAGGUGCUCCACUGGGACGCCAAUACGAUAGUCCGUCUGCAGCUCUGGGACAUAGCCGGACAGGAGCGUUUCGGGAAUAUGACGCGAGUCUACUACAAGGAGGCCGUCGGCGCCUUUAUUGUGUUCGAUGUGACGCGCAGCGGCACCUUCGAUUGCGUCAGCAAGUGGAAGGAGGAUCUGGACUCGAAGGUCCAGCUGCCCGAUGGCAGUCCCAUACCCUGCAUACUGCUGGCCAACAAGUGCGACCAGGAGAAACAGGGCAUUGUCACGCAGCCGGAGCGCAUGGAUGAGUAUGUGCGGGAGAAUGGAUUCGCCGGCUGGUUCGAGACCUCCGCCAAGGAGAACAUCAACAUCGACGAGGCCGCACGCGCUUUGGUGAAUAAGAUACUCAUCAAUGACAAACUGAUAACUGCCGAUGCAAACGAUGACGAGAAAUUCAAUCUGAGUGCGGCAGAUGCCAGCGCCGAUGCCAAGAACAAAUGCUCCUGCUGACCUGCCUGCUGCUCAUCCGAUCUGGCCAAGCAUUAUAGCAAUCAAUUUGGACACACACACACACUUACACAUACACACGAAAGUCUGAGCGCGAACCAGUUCCAUGUGCUUGUGAUGCUUGUGGAUAUAAAAGAUAAAGAUAACUAUGCUUAGGUUCUUUUGUAAAGUGUGUCUAAGACUUAGCCCUCAUCUUAUCAUUGUCAACAUUUUUCCGUCAUUUAAUCAUUUACGCACUCUGCAUGUGAGAUAUGCCAUCACCUGGCUAUAAAAUCAACCCACGCGCCUUAUAUUGUUCCAACUGGAACGAUACGAAGUUCCAGUUGGAACGGGAGCAGUGCGUGCCCAUAAGAUUAUCUACAUAUAUUUUAUCACACUAUACACACACAUAUAUCUAUAUAUACUAGAGCUCAGUUUGAGAUAAUGCAGCAUCAUUUGUGUAAAAUACGAAUCGUCGUCCAAUUGUUUUAAUUGUUUGUUUUGCUUUUGUUACUGUGAGAUUUUUAUCUUGAAUUUUUAUACAUACGUAGACACACACACACACACACAUACUUGCAUACAUAAAUACAUAAACUCUGCCAUCUUUAUUUGCAUUUAGAUAAAAGUACGUUUUAUGCAACACAGAUUACAGCAGAAACACAUUUAUAUCUGCACGCAAUCAAAUAAACUUUUUAAUUAUAGUUAAGCCAAAUCAAA